AUUGGUUGGCCUGUCAAAGAGUCGACGACUGUUUAAGCCGAAAACGAUAAACACUAAAACUAGGUCAAUGAAAUAAUGAAUUGAAAAAUGGCCACGUUAUGACAAUGAAAUGAAAAUUAAAGAAUAUGACAAAGACCAGCAGGGGAAGAUAAUAGAGAAAAAUCCAAUGAAAAUAAUGCAUUACAUGCAUAGUGAGUCUACUAGUGUGACAAUUGAAAAGCACUGCUGAUGGAUGACCUUGUUCCUUCCCGUCAGCUCUUCAUCGCCGGUGAAUGGAGAGAACCAGUUCUGAAGAAACGGAUCCCAAUCGUGAACCCUGCUACUGAAGAUAUUGUUGGGGACUUACCAGCUGCUACUGCUGAAGAUGUGGAUAUUGCAGUGGAUGCAGCUCGCAUGGCUUUCUUCAGUAAUAAAGGGAAGGAUUGGGCCUCUGCUUCUGGUGCUUACCGUGCUAAGUUUCUUCGUGCCAUCGCUGACAUGAUCUUGGAGAGGAAGUCUCUACUGGCCAAACUGGAAACCAUUGAUACCGGGAAGCCACUAGAUGAAGCAGUAUCUGAUAUGGAAAGUUCUGCUUCCUGUUUCAAGUAUUAUGCAGAACUUGCAGAAGCAUUGGAUUUGAAGGAAAGGACUCCUGUCUCUAUAAAGCAGCAAUCAUUUAAGACCCAUGUCCUUAAGGAACCCAUUGGAGUUGUUGCCCUCAUUACUCCUUGGAACUACCCUCUUUUGAUGGCUGUCUGGAAGGUCGCUCCUGCUCUGGCUGCCGGAUGUACCGCUAUACUUAAGCCAUCUGAGUUGGCAUCUGUGACAUGUUUGGAGUUGGCUGACAUUUGCAGACAGGUGGGUCUGCCUUCUGGUGUCCUUAAUGUCGUUACUGGGUUAGGCUCAGAAGUUGGUGCCCCUUUGUCAUCUCAUCCUCAUGUCGACAAGAUAGCAUUUACUGGAAGUACAGCAACCGGAAUCAAGGUCAUGACAGCUGCAGCUCAAACUAUCAAGCCUGUAUCAUUGGAACUUGGCGGGAAGAGUCCAAUUCUUGUGUUUCAGGAUGCAGACCUCGAUAAUGCUGCAGAAUGGACUAUCUAUGGCUGCUUUGCGACAAGUGGCCAAAUCUGUAGUGCAACAUCUCGUCUUCUUGUUCAUGAAAGCAUUGCAGCCAAAUUCUUAGAAAAGCUUAUUGACUGGAGUAAGAACAUCAAAAUCUCUGAUCCCAUGGAAGAAGGUUGCAGGCUUGGUUCCGUAAUAAGUAAAACACAGUACGAGAAGAUAUUGAAUUUUAUUACUACAGCAAAAGGUGAAGGUGCAACCAUUCUACACGGAGGUGGCCGUCCUCAACAUCUGAAUCAAGGAUUUUUCAUUGAACCAACAAUCAUUACAGAUGUUGGCACCUCAAUGUCAAUAUGGAAGGAGGAGGUUUUUGGACCUGUUUUAUGUGUCAAAACAUUUACUACAGAAGAUGAAGCCCUUGAACUAGCAAAUGACACUGAUUAUGGUUUGGGAGCUGCAGUGAUUUCUAAGGAUCCAGAAAGGUGUGAACGCUUCGCCAAGGCUAUUCAGUCAGGGGUUGUAUGGAAAAACUGCUCACAACCCUGCUUUAAUGAAGCCCCUUGGGGAGGCAAAAAGCUCAGCGGAAUUGGGCGCGAGUUAGGAGAAUGGGGUCUGGAAAACUACUUGAGCAUAAAGCAGGUGACUGAGUACACCUCUGAUGAGCCAUACGGGUGGUAUUCCCCUCCCAAGAAGCAGUGAAUAAUAGAAAUAAUUCAGUAGCAGAACUAGAGGAAAAUAAAAUGAAGAUCAUCUGAAUCAAGGAUUUUUCAUUGAACCAACAAUCAUUACAGAUGUUGUCACCUCAAUGUCAAUAUGGAAGGAGGAGGUUUUUGGACCUGUUUUAUGUGUCAAAACAUUUACUACAGAAGAUGAAGCCCUGGAACUAGCAAAUGACACUGAGUGAGUCAACUGUGUUUCCUCUAAUAGUUGCCUGAACUCAUCUCCUAAAACUGGCUUGACAAGCCAUUUGUUUUCAAUGCCUCUGAUUUUCGUCUCUUAUAGUUAUGGUUUGGGAGCUGCAGUGAUUUCUAAGGAUCCAGAAAGGUGUGAACGCUUCGCCAAGGUAAGAUAAUGAAAUUGAACAUGUCUCGGUUCCUGCUUGUUUAAAAUUCUGUCAAUGAAACCUGAGAAAGAAACCCUGUCCUUAUAUCAUGCAUA